AGCCUUUUACGACGGGCCGGAAAGCAGCUGUCGCAGCGGCAUAACGUGGACCGGGCAGCUAUGGGGAAAAUCGCACUGCAGCUCAAAGCCACGCUAGAGAACGUCACGAACCUUCGGCCAGUGGGCGAGGACUUCCGGUGGUACCUGAAGAUGAAAUGUGGCAACUGUGGUGAGAUUUCAGAGAAGUGGCAGUAUAUCCGCCUGAUGGACAGUGUGGCGCUGAAAGGAGGCCGAGGCAGUGCCUCCAUGGUCCAGAAGUGCAAGCUGUGUGCACGGGAAAACUCUAUUGACAUUUUGAGCAGCACCAUCAAGUCUUACAAUGCUGAAGACAAUGAGAAGUUCAAGACGAUAGUGGAGUUUGAAUGCCGGGGCCUUGAACCAGUUGACUUCCAGCCCCAGGCUGGGUUUGCUGCUGAAGGUGUGGAGUCAGGGACAGUCUUCAGUGACAUUAAUCUGCAAGAAAAGGACUGGACAGACUAUGAUGAAAAGGCUCAGGAGUCUGUGGGGAUUUUCGAGGUCACCCAUCAGUUUGUGAAGUGCUGAACUGUCUGCCUGCAAACUUGCCUGUAAGAACUAAGAGACAGAGCGCCCAAGGAGCAGUUCCCAUGGAGGCUUCUCAUCUCUGCUCUCCUAGCACCUGUCCCAAGCCCUCACAGUCUGCAUGCCAGGGUUUACCACAGUUCUAGGUCCCACCAAUAAAGUCCGUUGGUGCCACA